AUGUUGCUCCUCGCUCUUGUCGCAGUAUUUGUCACGGUAACUCGAGUUGUUGCGGUGGCCCCGUCGGGACGCUCAUGUGGGAACUCGACCGUGAAGCAAGGCCAUCGUAAUAUUUUAUAUGUGACGAACUGGGGCAUAUAUGGCGCGGGGUACAAUCCUGACGAUAUCCCUGUAGAGGAAAUUUCUCAUGUUCUCUACGCGUUUGCGGACAUUCUGCCCAAUGGUACCGUCGCCUCCUCCGAUCCGUGGGCAGACACCGGGAAGCCGUUCGGCAAUGACAGCACCAACGAGCCGGGAAAUAACGCCUACGGCUUGGUCAAGCAACUGUAUCUCAAAAAGAUGGCCAACCGCAACAUGAAGGUCAUCCUGUCGAUUGGCGGGUAUACCUUCUCCCCAAAGUUUGCGCCGGUUGCCGCCGACGAUGCUCGCAGGGCCAACUUCGUUUCCUCCGCUGUCAAGCUGGUAGCGGACUGGGGGAUGGACGGUAUCGAUCUCGACUGGGAAUAUCCUAAUACCACCGAGACGAACAUCAACUGUGUAAAGAUGCUUACUGAACUCCGCAAAGGCCUCGAUGAUUACUCCGCGAAGCACGCCGAGGGAUACCACUUUGCCCUGGGCUUUGCGGCGCCCGCUGGGCCGCAAAACUACCGGGCUUUCAACCUCAAGGCGAUGGACGAGUCUCUCGACUUCUGGUCUCUCAUGGCCUUCGAUUUCGCAGGCCCCUGGGACAACACCACGGGUCAUCAAUCCAACGUCUUCGGAAACAAGGCCAACCCCAUGAGCACGAAAGCCAGCAUCGAACGCGCAAUCAAAGAUUAUGCCAAUGGCGGAGUGGCACCUGGAAAAAUCAACCUGGGCAUGCCGCUCUAUGGAAGGGCAUUCAGCAAAACUCGGGGCCUUGGUGAGCCAUACUGUGGCGUGCCUAACGGCACUCUCGGCCAGCCUGGCAUUUUGCUAUAUAAAGACCUCCCCCGGCCGAGAUCCAAGGUUCAUUUCGACAACGAGGCCAAGGCAACAUACUCUUACGACAACACCACCGGCGAAUUGGUGUCGUUUGACAAUAUGAAGAGUGCAAAGUACAAACAGGCAUAUAUCAAGAAGAAGAAACUUGGCGGGGCCAUGUUCUGGGAGGCCACGGGGGACAAAAUCGGCCGCGAAAGCCUCGUCCGCAAAAUGGCAGCUGGUUUGGGAGGGCUCGAGAAAUCGCCAAACUUGCUCUCAUACCCAGUCUCUCAGUACGACAACAUUCGCAACGGGAUGAAGAGUAACCUUACCUCGAUCCCAGAGACGAACCGGAGUUCUGAGGGGAGAUAG